CACACUGAAUUGGCACAGGCUCAACUGGUUCACAUUCAGCCCGGUCUUACCAUCAGUGCGCUCAAGCGUCCGACACACAAAGGCUUGUUGUGUAACUGAAUGAGCGCUUUACUGAUGCCCUGUGUAAAUACGUAUUAGGGGUCAAUGGUAGGAGUUGUUAUGUUCAUUAAUACAUUCUUGCGCGGAUUGAGGCAGAGGGAGAGCUUUACAUAAUUACGUUCAUGCUUUUUCACGUGAAACGCUCCUUUAAAAGAAGGCUUCGUUUGAACACACUGAGGCACAUCGCGCGAGCGAGCGGACUGUGAUUCUGCACACUUUGGUGUCAAAAUUGCGUUCAAAAUGGUAACGUAUCCAUUACCGGAGGGAUUCUCCGAGUUCGAUGUGUUUUCCCUGGGAUCUUGUCUGCUCGUGGAGGGUCUCCUCGGGUUCUUCCUGAAUGCUGUCACCGUUGUUGCUUUUCUUAAAAUAAGAGAAUUACGGACCCCAAGUAAUUUUCUCGUGUUCAGUCUGGCCAUGGCAGAUAUGGGUAUUUCUAUGAACGCCACUGUCGCUGCCUUCUCAAGCUUUCUGAGAUACUGGCCUUAUGGAUCAGAUGGAUGUCAGACCCAUGGCUUCCAGGGCUUUAUGACUGCUCUUGCCAGCAUCCACUUUAUUGCAGCCAUUGCUUGGGACAGAUACCACCAGUACUGCACAAGGACAAAGCUGCAGUGGAGCAGCGCCAUCACCCUGGUUAUCUUCAUCUGGCUCUUCACUGCCUUCUGGUCCGCCAUGCCUCUGAUUGGCUGGGGAGAGUAUGACUACGAGCCCCUGAGGACCUGCUGCACACUGGACUACAGCAAGGGGGAUAGGAACUACGUGUCUUACUUGAUCCCCAUGUCCAUCUUCAACAUGGGCAUUCAGGUGUUUGUCGUGCUGUCUUCCUAUCAGUCCAUUGAUAGGAAAUUCCAAAAGAGUGGGCAGGCUAAGUUCAACUGUAGCACUCCUCUGAAGACCAUGCUGUUUUGCUGGGGCCCGUAUGGUAUCCUGGCUUUCUAUGCUGCUGUGGAGAACGCAACCCUCGUCUCUCCUAAACUGAGAAUGAUUGCACCCAUUUUGGCUAAGACAUCACCUACUUUCAACGUCUUUGUUUACGCCCUCGGAAACGAGAACUACAGGGGAGGAAUCUGGCAGUUGCUCACUGGUCAAAAGAUUGAGACUAUUGCUAUUGAGAACAAGUCCAAAUAAACGAAGCAUAUGACAAUAACAGUUAAUGUCCUGGUGGUUUCUAACAGGUAUGAAACAUGCUUAUUGGCUUUGUGUGCUUAUAUCAUCCUUGCUGUAUUUUUGUGGACUGUUUGUGGUCGUGAGUGUGGAGUCUGUUUGUGGUAUAUUUUGGUAUGUUAUAUUUAAUAUAGGGGAUUGCAACAUGUAAUAAAAUUUCUAAACUGAUAUUUUGACAAAGCACAUAAGCUGCUCCUAAUGGAAAUGUUACAGAACGGGGUCCAGUUUUAUCCGUAUCAUUACAAAGCACAUGUAAGAAGAGAAUGUGUGGCCGUCAUUCAAUAAGAGUUAAGCUGCUUCCAUAUAUGCGGUUCUGAAUGGAAACACAAUCAGGAAUCAUAUGUUUUGAGGUUGCUGGUGAACUGUUGAGAUUUUUGAUUGUAUACAGUAUAAGCGCCGUUACGCUGUACAUCAAACAGCCUUUUUAAAUGUCAAGCAAACAAAAAUGUGGCGCUACUAAAAAGAAUAAACAGAAAUGUAAUUACUG